ACAUUUCGGAUGACAAAAACGGGAAACGGCUCUUCGUUUGACCGCUACGGGUGGUGUCGGCUGUGACGUAUAGGGCCUCGUGAGCCCGGGCCGGGAGUCUGCAGGUGUAUCCCAGUUCCACCAUGCAGUCAGACCGGGACAGUGGACUGGGAGAACUGGAGGCCCAGCUGGCCAGUAAAGAGAGGGAGUGGAAGGAGCUGCUGGCUGCAAGGGAUCACCAGCUGGAGACUUCCCUCAAUAAGGCCCAGCAGGAGAGCUUCUUCCUCAGAGAAUGUUACCAGCAACUGAGGGAAGAUUUCCAGUUCAACCUGGCCAUUGUGGAUGAACGAGACCGAGAGCUGGAGACAUACGAUGUCCUGAUGGCCAGAGCUCUCACUACGGGGCACGACAGGCAGGGGGAGCUGAACCGGCUCCGUGUGCAGGUCUCUGAGCUGGAGCAGCAGAGAGCCAGAGGGGCUGAGGAGAGGCAAGAGCAACUCACUGAUAGUCGCCUGCAGCUGGACGAGCUCAAGCGCGCUAUGACUGGUGAAAUUCAAAAGCAAACAGAGACGUAUGAAAGGAUGAAAUGGGAUUUGCAGUGCAGGAUACAAGAGUUGGAACGAAAGCUGACCCUACAGAGACAGGAGAUGACAGCAGCUUCUGACCGUGAAGUCCGAGAACAGGAACACAAGUUCAACUUGAGAAUGGAUGAGAUGCGCUCUGUGGUGCUGUCUUGUGAGCUGAAGGUGAAGCUGCUGUCUAAAGAGAAUGAAGUUCACCUCCAGGCUCGGCAUCAGUCCACAGACGCUCUCACAGCUUCUCAGGAGGUCAGUCAGCAGAUACAAACCCAGCUGCAACACCAAGAGCAGGAGAUCAAAGACCUCACUGCUGCCAAGGACCACAAAAUAGAGGAGCUUGAGGACAAGCUGAAAUGGAUGGAGACCACAUUGAAGAAAGAGGAGGAGGACCACAUCAAGAAAUACGAGAAGGCGGUCCGGGCCCUGAAGGAGCGUGAUGCUCAGCUGGAGGCUCGGCGUCGGACCCGCAUAGAACGACUGCAGACGGCUGAGAAAAACAGUGCCAGACUACAGGGGGAGGUCGAAGUUCUGGCUGCACAGCUACGCAGCGCGCAGAAGGAACAACAGGAGGCCAUGCAACGGAGAGACGAGACAAUCCAGAGGCUUCGCUCAGAGGUGGAAGCAACCCAGACUGGCUGGGACAAGUAUAUCAGUCAGGUCUCCAGUGAGAUGGUUGUCAAGGAUACCAAGAUCAUCGCCCUGCACGAGAGGGAAACCAAAUACCUCACUGAGCGGGAGAGGAGCAGGAAGGAGACGGAGAGGUACAAGGAGCAUCUCAGUGCUGGUUUGAAGAGAGAGAGGGCCCUAGAUCAGAUGCAAGUCCAGGUCAAGGUGGACUGGCAGAGACGCUGUGAGGACAUGAAGGCCCAACACUACCUCGCCAAUGAGCAGCUCAUACAAGACCUGACCCAGGCUCGAGACCAGGCUAAAGCAGAGCUGAAGGAGAAAGAACAAGACCUGCAGGACUUGACUGUCCUACUAUGUUCUGUAAAGUCAGAGAGAGAUCAGGCAGUGCAGGGUCUCACACCAAAGGUAGAUUCUCUGGCAUCAGAGGAGAUUUAUUGUCUACAGCAGCAGAACAGCGUCUUGCGGGCCGUGGUUACUCAGAUGAGGAAGGACAUGGAGGGCCUCAUCCAUCUCCUACCCCCUCCUCAGGCCCACCCACAGGCCUCCUCUCCUCAGCCAGUUCAGCAUCCAGGAACCCCUGCCGCUACACCCAUCCCUCCUACAGCUACCACUCAGAUGGCAACCGGACCACUGGACCAAUCCACUAACAUCUCCUUGAAAGUCAGCCCAGCAGGUGGUCAGUGUUCAGAGAAAAGGGCUAACACCUCUGCUUUGGCGGAGCAGGACGACAGACAUACGGAGUGGGCUCGGGCCAACCUCAUGGAACAGGUGCUGAAGGAAAGUGCACUGCUGCGACAACUCCAGGAGGAGAACCUGUAUUUGCGACAGCAGCAAGCCUCAGGUCUGAUGGCUGGUGGUUUGUUAGAAAACAUGCAGGGGGGUAGAAGAGACCCUCCUCUGCUGCGCUCCAGGCUGAAGUGGGCAGCGUUCUGUAUCGCCCGUCUGAGCAGAGAGAAGCAGCAGCUGAUAGAGAUGGGGAACCGCCUCCGAGCCCAGACCACCGCUGCUAGACCACAGAAACCAGUGGUGCCAGAGAGGGACUCCUCCACAGAGAAGCGAGGAGCGCAGCCUGAUCGGCUGUUUGCUUUGGAACAGCUGCAGUACCAGCUCACCUCACAGGAGCUGCAGUACGCACUGAGGCAGAGCGCUGGCCCUUUGGCUGAACGCCUCCGACCUGGAAGCAGCAACCCAGGUCCUGCCACAGGAGGGGCUGCCAACCCUUGGUCCCAGGGACAUGAAACCCCAUACAUGCCUGAGAAAAAGGAGAACACACCCAGCCAGUCACAGAGCUCGAUGGACGUGGGUCUGUCUAGGUCUCGGUUGUCAUCAGAGGCGUCACUGCGCUCCUUAAAAGAGCUGUGGGAGAUACUGGACCAUGGACUCAGUCCAUCUAUGAUCUCAGAAAGCGAGGGUGAGCUGAGCAGGAAGGAGGUGGCUGAGUCGGAUGAUGCAGGAGUCCAGAUGACGGCACACGGUAGCUGCGCUCCCAUCCAUGGCCAGCCCCCAGCCGAGGUCCAGCAGAGGGUGUGCCCUUCUAAAACCCCAUCAAACACUACCAAGACCAGCAGACUUGGAUCCAUUGGCAGGACCUGCAAGAUCAGAAACUACAACGUUAAAGACUGACACACACAUGCACACACACAGACACAUACACACACACAUACAGGACAACGUGUUAGUGUGCCGGUUAUGGGGAUUCCUCCUCAGCCUGUGAGAACACUUUGUCAUGUCUGAGAAAAUAACCCUGAUUAUGUCAUCAGGAUGAUUUCAGACACAGAUUCAUAACAGCCGGCAUCACUAACGAGGGAGUUUGAAUGGGACGGUUUUAAUGAGAAGAAGGGUUACAUUUCAGAAUAAAAUGUAUGGUUACAACAUGCUUUAAUAUUCUGCUGCUCCUUCCAACAUCAGAACUCACGUGUGAGCCAUAAGG